UUUCUCUCUCCAUAAAAUCACCAUCUCUCCCUCUAACUCUGAUCUUCUUGUUUGUUUGCUCUGGUUCUGUGCUGCAGCUGCUUAUUUUCUUCUACUUUUAAUUUACAAGUCUGUAGGACAUGGAUCUUUCUACUUGGGAAUGGGAAUUGAAGAGUGUUCGUGUUCGUGCUCGUGUUCAUGUUCUCAUCUGCUGCUGGUUCCUGCUUUUCAACUGCUUCUUGGAUUUUGGAUCGGAUGCCCAAUCUUUGCCUCAACAAGAAGUGAGAGCCCUUGAAGCAAUAUCUGCAGAGCUCAAGAACUUAAAUUGGAAGGUCCACAAAAAUUCAUGCAUCAAUGGCGACGGCUUUUCCAAUAUGGUUUGGAAUCAAACUCAUAUGAGAGAGGUGAACUGCAGUUGUACCACUAUUUGCAGCGUCACCAGCAUCCGGCUAAAGAGGCUCAAUCUAGUUGGAGUUCUUCCCACAGCAUUCGCAAAUCUGACUCGAUUGCAGGAGCUAGAUCUCACUUACAAUCUUAUAUCUGGACAAAUCCCUAGGGAGUUUGCUCGCAUUCCUUUUGUUCGUUUGUCCAUGCUGGGAAACCAACUCAGUGGUCUGAUUCCUCCAGAAAUUGGUGAUAUUUCUUCGCUUCAGGAACUGGUCUUGGAAGGCAAUCAGCUUGUAGGAAAUCUUCCUGAAAAUCUCGGAAAACUGAGCAACUUGCGGAGACUACUUCUUUCCUCAAAUAAUUUCUCAGGGUCGAUUCCAGCAUCUUAUGGAAACUUGAGGAACUUGACUGAUUUUCGGAUAGAUGGAACUAAUAUAUCAGGAAAGCUACCUGAAUAUAUUGGCAAGUGGACAAACCUUACUACACUUUAUGUUCAAGGAACUUCUAUGGAGAGCCCCAUUCCUCGCGCUGUUUCCGACUUAAAAAGACUAACUGACCUGAUAAUAAGUGAUUUGAAGGGACUGCCCACAAAAUUUCCCAAUUUGACUCAAUUGACAUCCUUAAAAACACUGGUCUUAAGAAAUUGCUUAAUCGAGGAUCGUAUACCUGAAUAUAUGGGACAGUUUAGUGAAUUAAGAACUCUAGAUUUGAGCUUCAACAGAUUAAGUGGUCCAAUUCCAGAUACAGUUCAGAAUCUGUUGGUCCAAAAGACUGAGUUCAUGUUUCUGACUAACAACUCAUUAAGUGGCCAAGUACCGAAUUGGAUCUUGGACAGCCGCUAUAGCCAAAGGAGCAUAGAUUUAUCUUACAACAAUUUUACAGAGUUGCCAUCUUUCAGUUGUACACAGUCUAAUAAUGUGAACUUGGUUUCCAGUUCAACUAGGAAGAAUGAAAAUGUUACUUGGUGCCUGAGGAAGGAUUUCCCUUGCCUUAAAGAAGCUCGAUUUCAUUCAUUGUUCAUAAAUUGUGGAGGAGAGAGUAUGGAGGUUAAUGGUAAUGAAUACGAAGUAGAUGAUACUCAUGGUCAGAAUGGCAGAUCCAAUUUCUUUUCUUCCUCAGAAAGAUGGGGUUACAGCAGCACAGGUGUUUUCUUGAGAAAUGAUCGACUUCCUUACAUAGUAACAAGUAGCAGCCAUGGGUCUGGUGCUUCAGGGCUCUAUUCCACAGCUCGGGUCUCUCCUCUUUCACUCAAAUACUAUGGAUUUUGCUUGCGAAAUGGAAGUUACAAUGUCAAGCUUCACUUUGCUGAAAUCAUGUUUACUGCAGACCAAACCUAUCGUAGCCUUGGGAAGCGCAUAUUUGAUGUCUCUAUUCAAGGAAACUUGGUUAGAAAAGAUUUUAACAUAAUGGAGGAAGCUGGAGGUGUUGGUAAGAACUUUACUCUGGAAGAGCCUACCGUUCUAGUGAAUGGCAGCACUCUUGAGAUCCACUUAUAUUGGGCUGGCAAAGGAACAAAUUCCAUUCCAGAUAUAGGGGUGUAUGGACCUCUAAUAUCUGCAAUCACUGUGACACCAAAUUUUAAUGUGGAAGUUAAUGUGGAAGCUGGAGGGCUAUCAGGUGGAGCUAUUGCUGGCAUUGUUGUUGGUAGUUCUAUGUUCGUUGUUUUAGUAUUGGUUGUUCUUCGAAGAAAGGGUUACUUGGGUGGGAAGGAAACUGAAGACAGUGAACUUCGGGACCUAAAGUUACAGACAGGUUAUUUCAGUUUAAGACAAAUAAGAGCAGCCACCAACAACUUCGAUGCGUCAUACAAGAUAGGCGAGGGAGGUUUUGGUCCUGUAUACAGGGGAGCACUGUCGGAUGGAACUUCGAUUGCCGUAAAGCAGCUAUCCUCUAAAUCAAGGCAAGGGAACCGUGAAUUCAUCACUGAAAUCGGCAUGAUAUCUGCAUUACAACAUCCGAAUCUGGUCAAGCUUUAUGGUUGUUGUAUUGAAGGAAACCAGUUAUUGCUUAUUUAUGAGUAUUUAGAGAACAAUUGUCUUGCUCGUGCUCUUUUUGGCUCGGAGGAGAAUUCACUGCAUUUGGAUUGGCCGGUAAGAAUGAAGAUAUGCUUGGGAAUAGCAAAAGGGUUGGCUUACCUUCAUGAAGAAUCUAGAUUGAAAAUUGUUCAUAGAGAUAUAAAAGCUACCAAUGUAUUACUUGAUAAAAGUCUGAAUGCCAAGAUUUCUGACUUUGGAUUGGCUAAGCUUGAUGAAGAGGAGAACACCCAUAUCAGCACAAGAAUUGCUGGCACAAUAGGUUACAUGGCUCCCGAGUACGCAAUGAGGGGUUACUUAACCGAUAAAGCUGACGUUUAUAGCUUUGGAGUUGUAGCUCUAGAAAUUGUUAGUGGAAAAAGUAACACAAGUUACAGACCGAAAGAGGAGUUUGUUUAUCUUCUUGACUGGGCUUAUGUUCUACAAGAGGAGGGAAACCUACUGGAACUUGUUGAUCCAAGUCUUGGCUCAAAUUACUCAAAAGAGGAGGUGAUGAGGAUGCUGCAAAUAGCUCUCUUAUGCACGAACCUGUCUCCUACUCUCAGGCCAACCAUGUCUUCCGUGGUUAGCAUGCUCGAAGGUAAACUUGCAAUUGAAGUAUCGAACAUCAAGCGCAACACGGCCGACCGAGAUGCAAGGUUCAAAGCCUUCGAGAAGCUAUCACAAGACAGCCAAACCAGCAUUUCAACAUCUUCGCAAGGCAUUCAGAUGCAGAGAAGCAUGUUAACCGACGGGCCAUGGACUGACUCAUCAUCUGCUUCUACCAAAAACAAGGACGAGGCUCUAGAGUAUUCUUCAACCAGAAGUCUUCUUGGAGAUUGAAUCAAAGCAAAAUAUCAAAUUGGUAGCAGCAACUUUAUAGGUCUGUAAUUUAACUUUUAUUUAUAUUGUUCAACCAAAGGUUCAUUUAGUGUGCCAAAUAAACUGAGAAAACGAACUCAAGAAAAUAGUUUAGAAGUUGUGGUUGGCAAAAAAUAAUAUAGAUCAAUCAAUGGAGAUCUCACUCGAGAUAUUAUUAUCUCGCUUCGGGGUGGGGGUUUGAACUUAUAAUCUCUUGGUCAGAGAUGUCUUUUAUUUUGGUCA